AUGGCAAAAAAGACUACCGCGCGCCCGCCUCCGCCCUCAAUUCGCAAGAGGACGCGGCAGCCAGACCGCUCUCAGCAAAAGUCGAAGCCAGCGGGUAGCGCUGCCGAGGGCAACCGACAUCCGGUAAAGAGCGACAGAGACAAUCUAGCAGAGGAUGAGUUCAUUGUGGAGAAGAUCAGGGACCAUGCGGUUGCUGAAGAUGGUUCCCUUAAGUUUUGGGUCAAAUGGGCCGGCUGGAACAGAGUAUCUGACAUGACCUGGGAACCAGAGGAUCAUCUAAGCAAGUGUUCCGUACUGCAAGAAUAUUUUGAUCAGAUUGGCGGUCGCGACAAAGCGUUUGCAGGAAGAGCGGUCCAAGCCAAAAAGGAUGAUGCAGGUACCAGCAGCUCGCUCUCACCGACAACAGGACGGCGGGACAACAAGUCGAUAGCUGGGACAAGAAAUUGGGAGCCUCCUCCAGGCUCUUGGGAAUACGAUAUCAAAGCAAUCACAGGCUUAGAGGAUGACAGCGGCGGCAAGCUAACGGUAUACCUCGAUUGGAAGAACGGGCGCAAAACCAAGCACGACACAUCGGUCAUUUACAAGAAAUGCCCCCAGAUGAUGCUCCAGUUCUACGAGAGGCACGUGAAAAUCAUUCGCAACGCUGUUGCAGGCCUGGAAGGGCACUCAUGA